ACCUACGCGAGGUGGGGCCGUUUGCCAACACGCCUGGUACCUCUCUUCUCUAAGGUUCCUAUCCGACCGCCGGCUGGCCCCGUCGACGAUUAGGCUUCAAAGUAUCUACCUCCCCCAUCUUUUCCGUGGCUGAUGCCAACAACCAAGACCUACCUUCUACUUACCUAACUUACCUCCUACACGGCGCACCGCCGUGCCCUGCCCGCCUCUCGAACCUCGCCAUCUCCCCGUCCACCAGUCUCCCUGGUUCUACAUAGAACCUCUGAAUUUAGACGCGGCGAAUCCGUCCAUUUCCGCCCGGCGAGAACAAACGAGCGCGGGAACUCCCUCCCCAUCCCGCGUCGACCCAAGUCCCGCCCCUCCUCCCUCCCUCCCUCCCUCGUGACUCGCCUGCCAUGCCCUCCGAGCCGUCAACCUCGGGCAUCGUCACUGACGAGAACAGCGGCGAGCGCCACAUCCCAGAGUCGGUGCGCGCGGACGGCACGACGCGCAAGGCAAUCAAGAUCCGGCCUGGGUACCGGCCGCCGGAGGACGUCGAGCUGUACAAGAACCGGACGGCGGAGUCGUUCCGCAACCGGGGCAAGGGCGGGGGCGUGCCGGGCGCCGAGGGCCUGCGGGACGCGAAGCCGGCGCAGCACGCGGCGGAAAGCGCCGCCAGCAGCAAGAACGCGAAGCGCCGCGAGGCCCGGCGCAAGGCCAAGUCGGCCGCGGGGGCCUCGGCCGACGGGGAGGACAAGAACACCGAGGACGCUGCUACCCCCGCCCCUGUCGACCCCGCCGUCGAGCGCGAGAAGAAGGCCCGCAACCUGCGCAAGAAGCUGAAGCAGGCGCGCGACCUGAAGAGCAAGAAGGAGGGCGGCGAGGCGCUGCUGCCGGAGCAGAUCGCCAAGGUGAUCAAGAUAAACGAGCUCGUGCGCGAGCUCGAGGCCCUCGGGUUCGACGUCGACGACGAGGAGCCGAAGCCGCCGGCCGCGACGAAGGAGGGGUGAGGCGUCUUGCCUCGUCUAUUCUCCUUUUUUUCAAUCAAUAAAAAAGAACUCUUUCCCCCGCACACAGCCGAGAAAGGGGGAGAGGGGAAGGAGAGGGAGA